AUGCCGGACGCCGCGCUCCAUGUGGAGUUUGACCAGCCGCAAGAGGUUUUCUUCCCUGGUCAACCAAUUUCUGGACGUGUCAUCUUGGUCACUGAAGACAAGUACAAAGCAAGAGCUGUGAAGAUUGAAUUCGAAGGAGUCGGACACACGAAUUGGGAUGACUAUGAGAGCGUGAGAAGAGUGGAUCAUGAGGGAAAGGUCCGGUACGUCCAACACCGUGUGAACUACUCUGCAAACGUCAGUUAUCUCCAGAACACCGCUCUUCUCUGGACUUCUCAAGAUGGAUCGAAUGAGUUGCCUUCUGGAAAAUACGAAUGGCUAUUUUCGUAUACGCUUCCAUCGAAUAUUCCACCGAGUUUCGAAGGAAAAUACGGUUACAUCAGAUAUUCAGUGAAAGCAGAAGUUGAUAGACCAUGGAGAUUUGAUAAGGCAAAGAAGCUGUGCAUCACUGUAUCCCCAUUGCUCGAUCUUAAUGUGAUCCCAAAUGCAAUGACUCCUCUUCAUGACCAAUCCGCCGAAAAUCUUGGAUGCUGUUGUUUUAAAAAAGGAUAUUUGGAGAUGCGAGUUGAUAUUCCAAAAACCGGAUUCGUUCCCGGAGAAACUAUUUCCCUCAAUCUUCAUCUUCUCAACAACUCAACUGUUCCAGUCACCGAAGUUAAAGCAAAGAUCAUUCAGCAGUGCAAUUUCGUUGCUUUCCGUGGUGGAAGCAACUUCAAUUUCACGGGAGACAGUGUAAUGGCAGUUUCGCAAAGAGAAACCAAGCAGGAUGCGAAUACUGUUAUCAAACAAACUCAAAAAAUUACAGUUGAGCCAGGAAAAGAGCACAAGUUGGCUUUGGAACUUCGCCUUCCAUCUGUAACUCCAUCCAUCAGCCAGUUCUCUCCAGUCAUAACAGUCGACUACCUCGUUCAAGUAACCGUUGACACAUCAUCUACCUUCGGAAGUGAUAUUGAUUGUGAGAUGGGUGUGUUGAUCGGAACAGUUCCAAUUCGCCAGUAUCUUCCACCGGCCUACUAUCCACCAAAUCCAGCUAUUCCGCCAGCUAUGCCAACUCCAAUUCCGCCUUCGAUCGGAGCCGGUGUAGCUCCCCCAGGAUAUGGGUUCGUACCUCAAGAAGAUUCUGUUCCCGCUGAUAUUGGAGCCGGUGACGCUCCACCGUAUCCAAAUGGAGCUACACCAUAUCAGACUAAAGAUGAUACAAUCGCCAUUCCAAGUGCUCCACCACUUUCCUACCAAGACUCCAUGUAUGGAACUGAUGGAACACAACUCAACACCGAUGAAAACGAGAAACCAUUCGUUCCAAAAUACCCAGUGUUCAACGAUUUGCCAGUUUACAACCCGUCUGCUCCACCACAAGAAUAA